AUGGAAAAUGGCGGAAAAAUCUCAUUCAACUUUGAUGAUGAAACAGCUCAACGAAAAACUUCUCAAGUCGGGUGGAGAACUGGGAUAUCCGGAAAUCAAGCAUUAAUGAAUUUUUGUCGAGUUCUUGUGGGAACCGGUGUUCUGGCUCUUCCACUCGCUUUCAAACAAAGUGGAUCAAUUAUGGGGAUUUUCCUCGUUUUCUUCGGUGGCUACUUUUUCACGUAUUUGAGCUGCGACAAGAUGGUUGUCUCAGCAUUGGCGCUGGCUCAGAGGCAUGGUUAUACUUCGCUUGACUACGGGAAUGUUGCUGAGAAAUCAUUCGCUCACAGCUUUCACUCAAUUCGACGUUUUGGCCCAGUUUUUCGUUAUUUUGCAAAUAUUUCAAUUCUCUUGAUGCAAAUGGGUGUCACGGCUGUGUACACGGUUUUCAUUAAGGAGCAUUUUGAAGAGAUCUGGAACCGUUUCUAUCCACGUGAUCCCCUAUCCGAGUGGAAUUUCUUUCUGAUCACUCUUUUUCUUCUCUGUCUUUUGGUGAUGCUGAGAAAUAUCAAGAUUAUCUCAUGGAUUUCGACAAUCGGAAAUAUUUUGAUGAUGCUUGUGUUGACGAUGGUUUUCCAGGAUCUUGUCCGUCCACCUUAUUCCACUGCUCAGUCUUCAGAACAACGCAGUCUUUCAUCGGUGGUGGCUGCUGCUGGGAAUAUUGUUUAUGCUUAUUGCUCACAAGCUGUGGUGCUUCCACUAGCUAACAAAAUGAAGGAACCCCGAGAAAUGUCUGGUUGGAGAGGAGUUUUAUCGUUGGGAUGUUCGGUUGUCACUGUUUUGUACGCAUUGGUCGGUUUCUUUGGCUAUCUCAAAUAUGGAGAUGCGGUGCGAGGAUCGGUGACACUGAAUCUACCGGAUACUACAUUUUACUUUAUGGUUCGUGUGAUCCUCGUUUUCGUCGUUUUCUCUUCAUAUCUCAUUCAACAUUUUGUCAUGAUCGAUAUGGCUUUGCCUUUUGUAAAAAUCUUCUUUCCCCAGAAUUUCUUUGUUCGAAAAUUCCCCGGAGGUGUUGAACGGUUGCUUUGCGUGAUUUUUGUUGGUUUUGGAUUCCUUCUCGCCGUUUCCGUUCCGAAUCUCGGUCGGAUUACAUCAUUGGUCGGAGUGACAGCAGGUUGUUUACUUGGUUUCAUCAUUCCCGCCUCAAUGCACACAGCCACUUUUUUGCCCGAAUACCUUCAAAAUAAAAACUAUAAAGCCAUCAUUUUACACAUUUUUACGAAUUUUUUAUUUUUCAUUUUCGGAAUUUUCUUCACCAUUACGGGUAUUGUCAGCAAUUUGGCAAUG